UCCUCCCAGCGUAAACAAAAAAAAAACUCCGCUUCAUGUUAUCAACACGGUGGGGAUUUUUCGAAUAUCGGGAAUAUCCUAUAAGUUUUUCCUCCUUUUUGGACAAUUUGGGAACGUAAAAAUUAGUAACCGCCGGUUCCGCAAACGCAGGUUAAAAUGAUCAAACAACCGGUCCUUGCGGAAUUGCAGUACUUCGUAAACAGUGUUUCGCAUUUGUACAAGGGCAUUCCACUGAAGGAUUCGAGUGCGCUGGUCAAGUGCAGCUUGCACCUGCUCGAGGAUUUGCCUUCGACGCGGGAUGCCGUUUUCGAGUACUUCUCGCUGGUGUUCAACGGAGCCGUAAAAUUGUAUCUGGUUAAUGUGGAGAAAAACAACUUGGAUGCCUCGCGGGAGGACGACGCAAUUCAGGAGAUCCAUGAGACGUUGGAAAGGUUGGUCACAAACGGACCGGCGGCUUGGUCGCCGCUCAUAUCGUCGUGGUGUUUGCGUUUACUUGGUGAAAUUUGCGACAAGAAUAGCCGAAGGCGCCAGCUGGAUAUAAGGACGUCUUGCAAUCUCUGGCUCGGUUGCAAUGCUAUUCGCUGCCUGGUGGGGCUGACUGCGCUCUGUUUCAGCAAACUCGACGAGAAAGAGGUUGACGCCUGCAUCGCCGGAUUGUUGAACACUUUUGCACAAUAUUCACCGCACUUUGAUUGGGUGGUGGCACGGCUAGGAGGAUGCUUCCCUUCGAAGGUGAUUUCGAAGAUACUUUACUGUGGAUUGAAACGGUUUACCGGUGAGUACGACCAGGUGGACUCCGAAGUGGAAGUUUUGAGCUAUCUGGCAGCCGCGAACGAGAAAGACUUGCGGCAAUCCCUGAAAGAAAUUUGUGAGAAAGAAACGAUGAACAAAUUGGUGGUGCCGUAUUUGUUGCAUCUUUCGAAGCACUCGGACGUGUUGGCCCAGGCGUUGGCUACGAUGUUUUUAGAAAAUUACACCGACAGUCAUCUCCAUUUGGUCAAGACACAGAGCAAGUUCUGGCCGAAUAAUUACAACGCAAUCAACUUGAUUCACAUUGUCACCGGAUUACUACUGAAAAUAAAAAAAUCUUCCAUUGAAGUACUGUUGACGCUACCACGAAUUUCUGAAAAGUUUCCCUGGUGCCAGGAACUGCAAGAGAUGCUUUUCGUUGAGUUGGAAGCUAUAGUGCUGGAGAAGCGAACCUGCCCCCUCUUGGAAGACGCAGUGAAAGACAGCUCUAAAGAGCUGCUGUGGCGCUCGUGCCUUAGCGAUUGCCCUCUCUUGCAGCAGAAUGCUGUUCGCUUGAUAUUGUUGUCCAGUCUGAAAUCAUCCUAUUUUUUGCAUCAAUCGAUCGCCCACAUGCUAGCUGCUUCAUCGGGUACAGCUACGGGCGCUAGUAAACCGCAUCUAAACGCAUUGGUACGACUACUCGGGGGUCCACAUGGUUCAUCGGAAUUACCACGCAUCAAACCUGGCUUUGAGAUCGCUCUGGAAAAAAUGUUACUGACGCCGAGUCGCAGUCGGGAGAAUUCUAAUAUUCUGAGAAAUUUGGUGGAAAUCGUUAAGCUGGAACGAGACUCUUUCAAUGUGCACCUGAAAAAGACAAACUGUGUACAGAUACUGCAGGAGCUGCUCGGCAAACUAAUGGUCAUCUGGGAAAUGCUGAUGGACCAGGAAAAACUUCCUCUUCCGCAGCAGACAACAAAUUUGAUGCCUGCUGUGUGUAUUAAGACUCAAUCCAAAAAAAUCAAGCAUGAAGAAGGAGCAACGGAACCAAUGGAUACCGAUGAAGUACGGAGCACUGAGUACUGCCCUCGCGAACAAAUACAUAUGCUGGCUAAGCUAAUCGACUGCAUGGAACUGAAUUCCAAAGCAUGCGUUUUGAACAUGUCGGAUACAUUCAAGCUAUCGCAGCUUACCGUGCGGUAUUUCUUUUUCUGCUUGGAGCAGAGUCCCAACCGGGAGAAUCUUAGCUCCGACGACGAAACCAACCUACACCGAUGCUAUCAACUGCUGUCCAGGCACUGUGCCACAAGAAAAGCUGCCCGAACUGCGGUAUUGAGAGACAUACUCGAGGGUGCUUUAUACCUGCAUGGACACUUAUUUGGCUCACAAACAGAGCAGGACACCGUCGAAUACGGAAAACCCGAUGAGUUACUGAUCAAGUUGAAUCAGAAGCAAGGUGUAGCAAUAAACGCGUCCCGAGCAAUGGUACUUCAUGCAGGCGUUAUCGGUCAGGGUCCGAAACAACCCAUCAAAAAGGCGGAGGGACCACAGACCCAUAUGCAGAACAGGUUGAUCAACGCUAUUGUGGCGUGCUGUCAGGAUUCUGAGCACCAGAGUACAAUCGAUGGUUUUAGCUACGUUUCUCUACUGCUGGUAGAACUUGUGUCCCCCGAUGUGAUGUACAAUGGACUGCCCUGGCCUGAGGAAGAGUUCACCAAGGUGACCAUGGAACGGGAUCUCCAGAUCAGAAGAAUGUUUCGUAACAGUCCCAUCUUGUGGUCGAUUCUGUCAUUAAUUGCUGGCUAUAGGCCAGCUCUCUGUUACAGUUCGGUUCUGCUGAGAGCGCUGUGCGCCUCGGUUCUGCACCAGUGGCGUUCCAAAUCUGCCGAAACGAUGAACGGUCACAAAACGGAACUGAUGUUCGUCACAACAAAAUUGCUGGAGCUCUUAGCGAUUGGACAGCUGCUCCCUCCUCCGCUUAGUUAUCUACACAUCGUCCUACCGUACCUGGACGCCAAUGAGAUUAUCUACGUCCUGAAAGAGUGCGUCUGGAACUACAUGAAAGAUUACGUUCCUUCGCCGGUGCUGUUCGUGUGCGAUCCCACCAGUUUCCACUGGCGGGAUCCGCAAACAUCGCGGCCCCCACUGCAGUACACAAACCCGCUGAGAAAUACGAUGCAGAAAAAGUUACCCAAGAUCGGUCACCUCUAUCACCAGAUGUUUGUGGGCCCGGAGCUGCGGAAUCCCACGGUGACGAACGUGACUUUAGUGAACGGAUUGGGUGGUGGCCCUGCGCAACUCGGACCGAAUGUUGCCGCCGUAGGAAAUGCAACCAACGGAAACGGAAUGCUACCGGCAGUGGCGGUACCAUUGACUGCCAACGGAAAUGGAGCGACCGCUAUGGCAAUACCGAUUGUUACGUUGGAUUAGAGUAGCAUUUUGUUACAAAUUGUCAUUCAAUCCGGCGAUGUAUGUUUGUGGACGUAGUUAAUUAUUGCUUAAUGGUGGUAAGUAAAAUUUUUAUACAAAUACAAAUUAAUGUAAGAUGAA